AGAAGCUCCGAGACGUUUUUAACUUGGAUUUCCCAGACAACAACUUCCUGCUCAAGACUCUGACUGUUGUGACCGGCACCGAUAUGGUGGAUCUCAUGUUCCACAACUUUGUCUCCUACAAAGAGAAUGUUGGCAAGAGCUGGGCUGAGGAUAUCAUGUCCAUUGUUAGAAACCCACUGACAUUCAAUGCAUCUCGCUACACUUUCCUGGAGAAAAUCCUGGUGAAGCUGAAGAUGCAACUCAGUGCUGAAGGAAAAAUUCCUGUCAGGAAUAUUUUUCAGAUGUUUCCUGCAGACAGGAAGAGAGUAGAAGCUGCAUUACAUGCUUGUCACCUUCCAAAGGGCAAGAAUGAUGCGAUCAAUCCAGAGGACUUCCCUGAGAAAGUGUAUAAAACCUUCCUGAUGAACCUGUGUCCCCGUCCGGAGAUCGAUGAGAUAUUCACCUCUCACCAUUCGAAAGCCAAGCCCUACAUGACCAAAGAGCACUUGGCAAAGUUUAUCAACAAGAAACAGCGAGAUUCCCGCCUCAAUGACAUCCUUUUCCCUCCGGCCAAACCAGAGCAGGUGCAGGGCCUGAUCGAGAAGUACGAACCCAGUGGGAUUAACAUCCAGAGAGGGCAGUUGUCUCCAGAGGGGAUGGUCUGGUUCCUCUGUGGCCCUGAAAACAAUAUUGUAUCACUGGAGAAAGUGGUGCUGUACCAGGACAUGACCCAGCCACUCUCACAUUACUUCAUCAACUCAUCACACAACACCUACUUGACAGCUGGCCAGUUUUCUGGCAUCUCAUCUCCUGAAAUGUAUCGUCAGACCCUGCUGUCUGGCUGCCGUUGUGUGGAGCUGGACUGCUGGAAGGGUCGUCCGCCAGAUGAGGAGCCCAUCAUUACCCAUGGAUUCACCAUGACAACUGAGAUUCUCUUCAAGGAUGUCAUUGAGGCCAUUGCAGAAAGUGCUUUCAAAACCUCUCUCUACCCAGUUAUCUUGUCCUUUGAGAACCAUGUUGACUCGCCCAAGCAGCAGGCUAAGAUGGCUGAGUACUGCAGGACCAUGUUUGGGGACAUGCUGCUGACAGAGCCACUAGAAAAAUAUCCACUGAAGCCGGGCGUUCCCUUGCCAAGCCCUCAGGAUCUCUUAGGGAAAAUCCUGAUUAAGAACAAGAAGAACCAGUCUGCAUCUGAAGAUAGGCGGGACUCUCUGAAGAAAGAGAGGAAUGAAGCUACUGACCAGCCUGUCACUGUGGAUGGUGAUGUGACCGAAGAGGGCCCAGAGGAAGAGGAGGAGGAAUCUGGAAACUUGGAUGAAGAACAGAUUAAAAACAUGCAGUCAGAUGAGGGCACUGCUGGCUUGGAAGUGACAGCUUACGAGGAAAUGUCCAGCCUGGUUAAUUACAUUCAGCCCAUCAAAUUUGACUCCUUUGAUACCUCAACAGAGCAGAACCGAAGUUAUGUCAUCUCCUCCUUCACCGAAACGAAGGCUUAUGAUCUACUGACCAAAUCCGCUGUGCAGUUUGUAGAAUAUAACAAGCGACAGAUGAGCCGGAUUUACCCCAAGGGCACCCGAAUGGACUCAUCCAACUACAUGCCUCAGAUGUUCUGGAACGUCGGCUGUCAAAUGGUGGCCUUAAACUUCCAGACAAUGGAUGUCCCCAUGCAACAGAAUAUGGCCCUCUUUGAGUUCAAUGGCCAGAGCGGCUACCUUCUCAAACACGAAUUCAUGCGGCGCCCAGACAAGCAGUUCGACCCUUACUCUGUGGACCGCAUUGACGUGGUGGUAGCAAGCAUCCUGUCAAUAACGAUCCUUUCUGGCCAGUUCCUCUCAGACCGCAGUGUGAAGACAUAUGUAGAAGUGGAAUUGUUUGGUUUGCCAGGGGACCCAAAACGUAAAUACAGAACCAAGCUGACAUCAAGUGCCAAUUCCCUCAACCCGGUAUGGAAGGAGGAGGCUUUUGUUUUUGAAAAGAUUCUGAUGCCAGAGUUGGCUUCUCUCAGAAUUGUGGCUUUGGAGGAAGGAGGAAAGUUCAUUGGUCAACGCAUCAUUCCCGUUAUUGCUGUGCAUUCAGGCUAUCACCACAUUUGCCUUCGCAGCGAGAGUAACAUGCCACUCACUAUGCCCUCCCUCUUUGUGUACCUGGAGAUGAAGGACUAUGUCCCUGACACUUGGGCAGAUCUGACUAUUGCUCUCUCCAACCCCAUUAAGUUCUUUAAUACCCAGGACAAGCUGAAACAGGGUUCUGCAGAGAGGCCUGACAUGCAGAAGAAGCUUACAGCAGCUCAAACCAAUGGGAUGCCAAAUUCCUUUAGUUUGCAUUCUUCAAAUGGACCUGCAGAGCUCCAAACAGCCAGCCUUGAGGAACUGCAGAAGAUGAAGCUUUUUAUGAAGCUGCUGAAGAAACAGGAGAAGGAGCUGAAGGAGCUGGAGCGAAAGGGAAGCAAGCGCAGGGAAGAGCUGCUGCAGAGAUAUUCAGCCCUGUUCUCAGAGUUGGUCACCCAGUGUGGCAGAAAGAAGAUCACAUGCCCUCGGAAAACCCAGAAAAAGAAAAGGAAUUUGACUGUAGAGGAGGUCAGUGCAGAAGGGAAUCCAGCAGAGAUGGCAGAGAACGCUGACAGCCGAGUCUUGGAGCUGAAGGAAAAGCUGGAAAUGGACCUAAAGCAAGUGUGGGAAGAGCAGUAUGAUGGAAUUUGGAAAAAGAAAGAGCACCAUGCCACAGAGCAAAUUGCCAGACUAAUAGAAGUAGCAAAGGAGAAGCAGGCAGCUGAGCUGAAGGUACUGAAGGAAUCGUCAGAAAGUGAUACUAAAGAGAUAAAGAAGAAGCUGGAGGCAAAGAGACUGGACCGAAUUCAAGCCAUGACCAAGAGUACCAUUGACAAGACUGCUCAGGAGAGAUUAAAGAGAGAAAUUAAUAAUUCACACAUUCAAGAAGUGGUGCAGAUGGUCAAACUGAUGACAGAAAAGAUGACCAAGUAUCUGGAGAAACUGGAAGAGAAGCAGGCAGGUUGUUUGGAAAAGAUCAAGGAGAAAGAAAGCCAGCUCCAGAAGGAUGCCUUGGCAGAGUAUGAGGAGAAAAUGAAAACCCUUAGCAUGGAGGUACAAGAUUUGGUAAGGAACUGUGUGAAGGUCUGCUUCCCUCUGGAGGCUAAAAUCAAGAAGGAAGAAGCCCUGAACGCUAGCAGUGAAGGAAAACAAGGCUCUAAGGACCAAUCAGAAGGAAAGGUACCUGUAGCUGAGAUAUCAGGUCUUGAGACAUCCAUGGCUGAGACCUCCAUAGCUCAGACCCAAAAAGUUGAGUUGUCUGACCAAUAUCGGGAAAGCAGAUUAUGAGAGAUGCUUCUCCUAAUCCUUACUCUGCUUCUGGAAGCUCAUUUCAAACAUUAAUAGGGGCUACAGUAAAGCUAUGGACAUAAUCUACUCAGAAGACCAUCCUUCCCAGCCCGGGUUGCUGAAGUUCACCAGAAACUUAUUACUUUCUUCGCUGUCUUUCAAAAUGUGGACGAGAAGAGAUUUUAUGGGAUCACCCAUAGAUGGGAGGUUUGAUCUGUAGGAAACACUUUGUCUUCCUCUCCGGCUUAGUGUCACACCACCAAGGCCCCCUCCCUCUGGGGGUCCCCCGGGAAGGCAGAUCUGCACUGCAUGUUGCUAACUCGUUGCAAGCAUCACAAAGCAUUUUGGGAAGAGUCACAGGUGUGAGUGUGGAGUGGAAGAUUUCUUUGCAGGCUGUGAGAGGGACAGGGCUGUGCGGGUGUGACAUUAGUAGCAGGUAUUUCCGGAGCAUUAGUGGCUUCAUGACUGGCAAUUCUGACACAGCUAGCUUGUCUUCAUUAUCUCAGACUUCAUCAAAUUUAUUCUGUUUAUAGGAAGCCCUUCCACAAACUAGAAGUGAGUUGGAAGGUCACUUUAAAGAACCUCAUGCCAUCAGUGCACCAUUUUCCCUCUCUCAAACAGAAUAGUGCUGGCUCCAUGGAUUUCUCCUAUUGGCAGAGGAAAGAAGAGUCUCAAAG